CAGAUUAUCAAGCAGUUCCUAGAAGUCUUGAAUGUGACUGAGCAAAAUGCAGUCGAGAAAGGAAACCUAGGACUGUGCUGGUGUUGAAGAGUGGUUCUGGGCCGAGGAACAUUACAGGAUGAAGGGGGAUGUGCUGCCAGUAUGCUAGGGGAAAAUGUUUCUUUCUCUCAGAUUCGGCUUCCCGACACUCCAGGAGGACGGGGAGGACGGUCAGCCUCUCCCCGCAUCUACCACAGGUUGGAAGUUCAUUUCCAGCACCGUGACGCGAGUUUUGUCUUUUAUGGAGCGAUCGAGAGAGGCUUGCCGCUCCUUAGGCACUGGACACGGGCUAAGCGCAGGGUUUUACCUGAAGGUCUCGUCUGCCGAGGCCACCAGCCCAGAGGUCGAUGGCCCCUUCUGCUGGGGUGGCGGAACAGUGCUAGCUGCAACUGCCGAGGGGGCAGAUGGCUUCACUGCCGGCUCACCCCGUAUGGGCUGGACAGCAGCCGGAAACCGUUGUGGUGCCGCCCCCUGACACGCCACUUUGGUAAAGCUGCUCUUUGGCAGGAUGGACACGACCGCGAGUAUGCGGCAUGCUCCUCAUCACAGUUUGCACAGUGGAAAGAGUUUUUGCAAGCUUCGGAGGUGUGUUCAUGGGCACUGCAUUUCGCACAAGUUUGACGGCCUCGGCAGCUCUGCGAACUGUGGCCGAAACGCUGGCGUUUGAAACAUCGGAGGGCAUUUGGCACGUAUGGUUUAACACUGAGCUUGAUGUUCCCGGCCUCGAUUGACUCGGGCAGGUCACUUGAACCGAAGGUGAUUAUCAGGUGCUUGGUUUGGAUUUCUUUGCCAACCCUCCUCAUCUUAAUUCUUUUGACGUUGAUAACAUUCUGUUCACUGAAGCCCUUCAAGAGUUC